AUGCACAUCAGUGUUUUACCAUACUCGCUCUCUGUUGUAAUGGCUGCGCUCUACCAGGGCACGGACGCAUCCUCUCCGGAUAAGUAUCUAGCGUUGAAAGACGUUAGAGAGGUGAAGGAGGAGACGACACUGGACGAGAAGCUUUUCUUGCUAGCCUGCGAAAAAGGUGACUACUACAUGGUGAAAAAACUUCUUGAGGAGAAACGUCAUGGCGAGUUGAAUAUCAACUGUGUGGAUGUGCUGGGCAGAGAUGCUGUCACCAUUGCCAUAGAAAAUGAAAAUCUAGACAUUCUACAGCUACUGCUGGAACAUGGCUGUCAGGCAACAGACGCACUGCUAGUGGCUAUAGAUUCAGAAGUGGUGGGAGCUGUUGACAUCCUUCUUAAUCAUCGGCCCAGAAGAUCCUCCAAACCCUCUAUUGCAAAAUUGAUGCAGCGCAUUCAAAAUCCGGAAUAUUCCACCACGAUGGACGUGGCUCCAGUUAUCCUGGCCGCUCACAGGAACAACUACGAAAUUCUCACUAUGCUUCUGAAACAGGACAUUUCCCUUCCACGACCACAUGCUGUAGGCUGUGAGUGCACCCUCUGUAAUGCCAAAAACAAGAAGGACAGUCUGCGGCACUCAAGGUUUCGUCUGGACAUUUACCGUUGUCUGGCCAGUCCGUCUCUGAUCAUGCUGACAGAGGAGGACCCCAUCCUGCGUGCAUUUGAGCUCAGUGCUGACCUGAAAGAACUCAGUCUGGUGGAGGUGGAAUUCAGAAACGACUAUGAGGAGCUAGCCAAGCAGUGCAAGAUGUUUGCCAAGGAUCUUCUGGCCCAGGCACGCAACUCUCGUGAGCUGGAGGUCAUCCUGAACCACACAUCCAGCGAGGAUCACGUGGACAAGAGAGGGCUCCUGGAGGAGCGUAUGAACCUCAGCCGCCUCAAACUGGCCAUCAAAUACAACCAGAAAGAGUUCGUAGCUCAGUCUAACUGCCAGCAGUUCCUCAACACUGUAUGGUUUGGCGAGAUGGCCAGCUAUCGGCGUAAGCACACGUGUCUGAAGAUUCUAACGGUGCUGAGCGUGGCACUGCUGUGGCCGCUGUUGUCCGUCUGUUACCUGCUGGGACCACGCUCACGUGUUGGUCAGAUCAUCCACACACCCUUUGUCAAGUUCAUCAUCCACAGUGCAUCUUAUUUCACCUUCCUGCUGCUGCUUAAUCUCUACUCUUUGGUCUACAAUGAGGGCAAGAAAAACACCAUGGGUCCAGCCCUGGAGAUGAUCGACUACCUUCUCAUCCUAUGGAUUAUAGGAAUGGUAUGGUCGGAUGUAAAGCGUCUGUGGUAUGAGGGGCUUGAGGACUUUCUGGAUGAGUCACGCAACCAGCUAAGCUUUGUCAUGAACUCCCUCUAUCUGGCAACAUUUACGCUCAAAGUGGUUGCACACAGCAAGUUUAAGAAUGUGGAGGACACCGAGCGGAAGAACUGGGAUGCAUUUCACCCUAUCUUAGUGGCAGAGGGUCUGUUUGCAUUUGCUAACGUGCUCAGCUACCUGCGCCUCUUCUUUAUGUACACCACAAGUUCUAUUCUAGGACCCUUACAGAUUUCCAUGGGCCAGAUGCUGCAGGAGUUUGGAAAGUUCCUGGGUUUGUUCCUGCUGGUGCUCAUCUCCUUCACUAUUGGCCUGACACAGCUCUAUGGGAAAGACAUGAAAGAUCCAUCCAAGAGUUCGCCCAAGGACUGCGAGGGAAUCUUCUGUCAGCAGCAGAGCAACGACACCUUUCACACCUUCAUGGGGACUUGCUAUGCGCUUUUCUGGUACAUCUUCUCCCUGGCCCACGUGGCACUGUUUGUAACACGGAUAAAUUACAGUGAAGAGCUGCGUUCCCUUGUGGGAGCCAUCAUUGUUGGUACCUAUAACAUAGUGGUGGUUAUUGUGCUUACCAAGCUACUGGUGGCCAUGCUUCAUAAGAGCUUCAGGCAGAUUGCGAACCAUGAAGAUAAGGAGUGGAAGUUUGCCAGAGCAAAACUGUGGCUCAGCUACUUUGAUGAUAAAUGUACCCUCCCUCCUCCUUUUAACAUCAUCCCCUCUCCAAAAACCAUGUGCUAUCUAGUCACGAGUCUCAGGAAGUGGAUCUGCUCUCAUACGUCUUCUGGGAAGGUCAAGAGACAAAACAGCCUCAAGGAAUGGAAGAACCUGAAGCAGAAGAGGGAUGAGAACUAUCAGAAGAUAAUGUGCUGUCUGGUGCAUCGUUACCUUACCUCCACACGGCAGAAGAUGCAGAGCACGGACCAGGCCACCGUGGAGAACCUAAACGACCUGCGCCAGGACCUCUCCAAGUUCCGUAAUGAGAUGAGAGAUCUCCUGGGCUUCCGUACCUCAAAGUACGCCAUGUUCUAUCCCAGAAGCUAA